AUGUCUGGGAAGGUGUACGCAUACAUAGCCUUUUCCUUUCUGAAUGCGGUGACGGCAUUUCUCAUAGCAUGGCUGAUGCACAUUCGCAUCAAUUCUUUUGCCAUUGUGGCAGUACUGAACGAGUGGAAUCUGGACGAGAAGGCAAUGGCGUGCCGUAAUGCAGGUUUGAUGUACCUUGUUCUGGCCGUCGGUCUCUUCCUCCACUCUAGUUACAAGCAGCAUCGCACGCGUGCGGUGGAACAGCAGCGAGACGAGGCGGAAGCGACGAAUAUGCAGGAGAAGGUGCCGCUGUUGUACUCGACGGCACUUCAAGUAGACGAGACGAUGCCGCGACACGGGUCCGUGCGAUUUACCAGCGGCUACGGCUCUAGCAACAGCAGCUGA